CGCCCGCCCAGCGAUGGGACGCACGCCGCCCGCCCCGGCGAGUUUCACACCACGCGCGAUCUCGCGGCACAGGUGAACCGUGACCGAACCUAAUGUGAACGCGGCAAAAUGACUCUUUUUCUACAUUUAUACUGUGUGAUAUGGAUAGCGGUACUGCUGUGCUGCACCACGACAGGCCGGGAAUUACCCACUGGACAAAAUGUAGUGUCCGUAGCACCUAUAGAAGUUCCAGACGAAACAAUGUAUCCGAGAUUCGCGGAGCCAAUACCGAACGUCACAGUGACGAUAGGUAGAGACGCGUUGUUAGCGUGCGUCGUCGAAAAUUUGAGAGGAUUUAAGGUGGCCUGGGUGAGGAUGGAUACUCAGACAAUACUGAGUAUCCACCACAACAUAAUAACGCAGAAUCCCCGGAUAAGCCUUUCGUAUAAUGACCACCGGUCCUGGUACCUCCAUAUAAAGGACGUGCAGGAGGUUGAUCGCGGCUGGUACAUGUGCCAGGUCAAUACCGACCCGAUGCGGUCAAGAAAAGGAUACUUGCAAGUUGUAGUGCCACCAUCAAUCAUCGACAACAUGACGUCGACCGACAUGGUGGUGCGCGAGGGCUCCGAUGUGACCUUGGUGUGUCGCGCUUCCGGGUACCCGGAGCCCUACGUUAUGUGGCGGCGCGAGGACGGGCAAGACUUCAACUACAAUGGAGAACAAGUGAGCGUCGUGGACGGGGAAACUCUGACCAUAACCAAGGUCUCCCGACUGCACAUGGGAGCGUACCUCUGCAUCGCGUCCAAUGGGGUUCCCCCUUCCAUCAGUAAACGGAUCAUGCUGAUGGUGCAAUUUCCACCGAUGCUGUCCAUUCCAAACCAGUUGGAAGGUGCGUACAUCGGGCAAGACGUCACUCUGGAGUGUCACACGGAGGCAUUCCCCUCGUCCAUCAACUACUGGACCACAGAUAAAGGAGACAUGAUCAUUUCCGAAAUGGAAAUUGUAGGUGGGAAGUACGAGGCAUUUCCGACAGACAGCGGGUACAACAAGUACAUGAUGCUCAAGAUAAGGAACAUCACUAAAGACGACUUCGGCUUCUACAAGUGCAUCGCGAAGAACUCUCUGGGGGAGACCGACGGCAUCAUAAAACUUGACGAAAUACCUGCUCCACCGUCUGCCCUGACCACAACACAGAAAUCUAUAUUAGACAACCAGACGAUCAGAAAAAAAGAUAAAUACCCCGCCGUGCAAAGAAAUGACGUCAUCAGUUCAAAUUUCCAAGGUGGAGCUUACGUUGAGCAAAUGAAAGACUAUGGUAAUUUGAAAAAACUUUUUAAAAUAGAAUUCGGCGAGGAGAACUCAGCUUCCCCAAAACAAUUGAGUCACAUUUUAUUUUUCGUAUUACUUUGUCAUAUAAUAAAUCUAGCAAGAUACAGUUUAAGGUCCUGAUUACCUCGAUCCAAAUAAUUCAGUUUACUUUCUUGUUAAUAUAAGACAAUAAUGGUAAAUUUUUCGCAUAAUUUACUCAAAUAACAUAAACCAAAGUUUUUUGUAAUACAUACUGUCGAAAAUGUAUGUUUUGUAAUGAUUUUAGUAGCUCUAAUUAAUAACAAGGUGUAAGGACAUGUAAAAAUGCUUAGAUUAAAAUAGAGAUAGACCUCUGAAAUCUGUCCACAUCGUUUUAAAAUAGUGGCUACUCUUUUAGGCUCUUAUUUUAUAACAAUUUAGGGUUGAUGUUUUGCUAAAUUCAUGAGUUAUUUGGAUGCAACAUGCUCUUAGUGCUUGUCUAGAAAAAUACACUCGAGUGCGGCAAAUUCAGGUCGAUAUGUUGAAUACUGAAUGAAAGAAAUACCAGUAACGUCAGCAAGGAAAGUGGGUAACACACAAAUGUAUUCAUAGUAACAUAAAAGUAAGUAACAUUAUGCAAUUUCAAAUUUCUAUCUUCAAUGUUUCCUAAAUACUUUUAUUCCUUGAAUUUAUCGCUCUAGAGUGUAUUGUGUAAAUUAUAAUGUUCCUUGCUUUAUGAAUUAAUUUUAAAUCCUUGUAAAUUACGUGUAAAUGAUAAUUUAAUUUGCUGUAAAUGUUAGAAUUUUUAGGGUACCACUAGUCCAAUAAGCAAUUAGGCCAUUUUGUAAUACAAUUCAAAUAUUUCUACCAUUGCUACAAAUGGGAACUGCCAAAUAAAUGUGUACA